AUGUCUGACCAAUUCCAAGAGAUCUUGGAUAUUCCAAAGGACUUCGUGAAGGAUGGCACCAUGUUCAUCAACCGCUGCACAAAGCCGGAUCGCCGCGAGUUCACACAGAUCUCGAGAGCUGUUGGCAUUGGUUUCAUUGUGAUGGGUGCUCUUGGUUACGUUAUUAAGCUGAUCCAUAUUCCUGUGAACAACAUCCUUGUUGGCGGUGCUUAA